CGUCGGCGACUAUCGCGGCAGCACGCAUCGCGCACACAACCGAUCAGCCCUGCAUAUAAUACGCCGGACGUGUAGGAGGUGUAACGUUGUUAUCGCGAUCCUGACCUUGCCCCCCUCCCCCCUCCCGCCCGCUCCCCCUCGCCGUCCGCACCCACGAUUCAGUGAGAAUUAACAUCGGUGACGAGGGAAGGAAGGUGACGAUUAAAAAAAAAGAAAAAAAAACAACACUAAAAAACCGGAAGAACCGAAUACCCGUUCUGUACCUUUCCUUUUCUCUCCUUUCCUUUCGGUUUUCGCUUCUCGCUGAGUGGGAUUCCUCUGCGACAACCGCCUCUGACAGUUGAGUAUCGAAACUGCAGAAAGGAGGUUUAGUGGUCGGUGGUCGUUGUGUUUGCGGGGAGACGUUGGUCGUGCGGAAACUACGAGCUUGGAACAGUUUCAUCCGACGAUUACAAGCCGGCUUGGUUGUCCUGUUGUAACUUUCGACUCGGGUUUCGUUACUCUGUGCUUGAAUAAAUUAUCCGCAUUCUACGGUUAUAUACGAUCGUCGUCGUCGUCGUCGCGAAAGUUGGACCGGUGUGGUACGUGUGUCGAGCUUUCGGGUAACAACGACUCACUACUAGUUUCAUUGACCUGACAGCGUCACACUGUCCUUAUACACGUGCAUUGGCCGAAAGCAUCGAAGGAUAGAGAUAGAUAAGAAUAAUACUUGUGAACAAACUUGAGAGGUUUGUUUGUCGUUUGUGCGGUAGACAGAUGAAUUGAUCGUAGUGCGAUGAUUAUGCGCAAUCGGGUGUUUUAGGAACACUUGCGUUUAUUGCAAAUACUCGUGACUAUGCGUGAUAGUUGUAUAACAACGGUAUAAUAAUAAUAAUACAAAUACCAAUAUAUCGGUAAGCUAGUGCCGAUCAAGUGAGUGGUGAAACAGAGAGGGAGAGGAGAACCGCCGGUGAAUCCACUCUCGGCAAUCUUGGCGUAAGAUGAACGACUGUGUCACAGGUGCUGAAACCACGAUCAAUCUGCAGCAGUGCGGACGUGAAUUCGAUACAAGUGUACAAGAGUAUCUUCCCGUUUGAGCAGUGUAGUCUCGGUGCAGUGUGCCAGGCGAGUAUUAAUCGCGGGACUCGAUCCUGCCUUCCAGAUAUCACAGGAUAUAUACCCGUUACACAGGACGAGGAGGGAUCGCGAUGGAGGCUGGAUACCCCAUGCUCAGCAACGACCUCGACGUCUGCCGAAUGUUCGACCAGUAUUUGUACAAGAGAAGCGACAAUCUCGACCUGUCCCUGAGCGUUCCGCAGCACCAUCAGAGCUCCUACCACGGUAGCUACAACAUGGCCGAUCAGACAUUCCACACCCCGAGUUUCGGCGACGAGGAUUUUGACAUCCCGGCUAUCCCCCAUCCCCAUCAGCAACAUCAGCAACAGCAUCAUCAGCAGCACGACCCAAUGCACGGAUAUCAGCCACAGAUGAUGCAGGGCGGUGGAAUGCAACAAUCUCCGGACGGGAUGAAUCUCGAUCCCGGUGGCUAUCAGCAGCCACUCUACCUCCAGCAGGAACACGCCAUGCAACCAAUCAACGUCAGUUCGGCGUACAACAGCCCCCAGGGUUCGUAUUCGACGAUGACGUCGCCGGGACAGCAACACGGUAGCCAACAGCUUCUGCUGCUUCAGCAACACUCUCACCAACAACAACAACAGCAGCAGCAGCAGCAACAGCAUCAGCAGGUACAGAUGCAGCAGCACAUGCAGUACAUGCAUCCACAACAACAGCAACAGCUGCAGCAACAGCAACAACAACAACAGCAGCAACAACAGCAGCAGCAACAGCAGCAACCAAUGCAGUAUCGCAGUCCAACGGGGGGCAGUCCACCAGCCAUGCAACCAAAUGGAAUACCCGAAAAUGUCAACACGACAACAAGCGAGGACAGCGACGACAGUACUCCACACUCAGCUAUGAUGGUAGCCAUCAAACAAUCGUCACCGGAAAGGACUGACGCGGUGACCAAAGCUCAGAAGAAACCGAAAGGUCAGAAAAAGAAGAAGAAGAAGAAGAGCGAUCCCAACGAGCCGCAAAAGCCUGUGUCGGCGUACGCAUUAUUCUUCCGCGAUACCCAGGCGGCUAUCAAGGGACAGAAUCCAAGCGCAAGUUUCGGCGAUGUGUCGAAAAUCGUCGCUUCGAUGUGGGACGCUCUCGACACCGAACACAAAGACGUGUACAAGAAGAAGACUGAAGCUGCGAAAAAGGAGUACUUGAAGGCCUUGGCGGCGUACAGGGCUUCUCUGGUCAGCAAGGGGGCCGGUGAAGGUGGCCCGGAACAACAACAGCAGCAACAACAACCCGCCCCUGUACAGUACGGCGGAUAUGGUGGAUACGGGGGAAAUGGGGGACCCAGCAGCGUUCCCUACCAGGGUUACAGUCCCCAGCCACCAUCCCCUCAGCAGCAGCAUCAGCAGCACCAGCAACAGCAACAACAGAUGGGAAUAAAAAAGUCACCGCAUCACUUGGCGGCGAUGGGCAAUCCGCAGCAGCAACAACAACAGGCACUUAUGGGUAGCCCAAUGAGCCACAUGCAACAACAACAACAACAGCAGCAGCAGCAACAACAACAGCAGCAACACAUGCAACAGCAGCAGCAAGUGCCGCAACAGCAAUACAUGCAGCAGGUACCUCAACAGCAAGUCCAGCAGGUUCAGGUCCAGCAACAACAGCAGCAACAGAUGAUCCACAUGAGCCCCCCCAGAGGCGACUCGCUAUCGAGCCCUCCUCCGGUAACCGGAACUCAGGUGAAUAUGGGAGGGCAAAGGGCCCCAGCAAAUGCUUGCAUCCGUCACGGAUGCCCAAAUCCAGCGGUAGCUAACAGUGAGUGGGAGGAUGAGUACUGCAGCAAUGAGUGUGUGGUCAGCCACUGCAGGUUUGUGGAUGUGUUCACUUCAUGGGUAUCCUCGAAUCAAAAUCCGCAGCAAAAUUUCUCGACCGUAAAAUAAGCAUCCCCCUUCCCCCGUAUAUUAUAUAUGUCUAAUGAUAUGAAAUAAAUCACGACUUUCGGCUACUCGAAGGCCUCGCAUGCUCGGGGCUCGUUGUUGACCCUUUAAGAUAAAAUUAUACUUUACACAAUUAAUUACAUGUAUAUAGAUUAGCGUAGCGAGAAUUCCGGAUCGUAAUAAUAAGACCCGGAACCGGACGCGGAUGCAGACACAGACAUGGAUACUAGCCCAAGGGAUACUAAUUAAACGGCGAGACGGCAUCCUGAUAGCGAAAGCUGCGAAGUAAUAUACAUAUGUAAACCAUUUUUUUUUUUUUUUUUUUUUCUGUUUUGUUCUCAUGACAAGGUCAAGUAAUGAAGUGUAAUUUGUUAUCUAAACAGAAAAAACUAACGCUGUUCUGUUCUUUCUUAUUUUGUUCUUGUCUUUCUUAUUUCCUUUUAACAUAAUCUAUUCUGCAUGGAACGGGAUUUCAAGGAAUAUAUUGUUUUUGAUCGUUAAGGAGUCUCAGAGACACUAUAGGCUUUGACUUAUUGCACUUUCGACGAACAGUGAUCGAUUCGAUUGUGCCGGCCUGAGGUCAGUUUCGAAUUACUUUGUUCAAUUUCUUUUAUUUGAACAAGUUCAUAUUUAAAAAAAGAGUUGACAACACAAAACAGCGAUGUUAUUUCACAAUUAAUUUCUUCUCAAUCUUACCGUUUGUAGAGGUUGAAAAUAAGCUAAGUUCAUGUACGUGUCUGAGUGCGCAAUAAUUCAAAUCAGGAUACAGAUAACCCGUGGACGUGGCUGUCGUCGUCAUUAUUAUUAUUAUUUUUAUUUUUAUUUUUAUUCUGUUUUCAACAUUAUCAAUAAGAAUAAAUCAACUGUAUUAUAAGCAAAGAUACAGAGUAGUGUAUCAUUCAGCUCGACAAGAAAAUGAGAAAGAUAGAUAAGGCGAUAACGGAAUAAAUUACUCUCAGUAUCACGUGAAAUUGUUUUGAUGAUUUUUGUUGAAUCGUGUUUAAAGAAAUUGAUAAAACUAUCAAACUACAAUUAAUAAGAAGCAAAAUCGAUCUCGGUGAUCUGUGUUUUAAUUUAGCUAUCUGAACUCCACAAUCGCUAAUAUUUCUCUCUCUCUCUCUCCACAUUUCUCCUUCUGUCUCCCCCUAUAUUAUAAAAUAAAUUUGGUUAGCUUCUUUCUCGUUUAUUUAUUUGUUUCUCUUGUGUCCACUUAAACCCGCGCAUUUCAUCGCUGAAAACCAUCGGAUAGCACGCUAGGACUGACAAUGAGAAACCGAAGAGGUCUCAAGACAAGCAUGACAACACGACAGACCUUCUGGACUAACGUGUAUUACGUGGGAUCAUGUUGGUGCACCGAUUGUAGCAUAUGUCAGAAUUAAUAUUUAGCUAGGUAUAUAAUAAAGGAAAAAAUAUGGAUAUGUAAUUGAAUUCAAGAAAUGAUCAAGUUUUAUCGGAGCCACGCCACGGCUGCGAGGUAUAAUUUCGCUUCGGUCUGAUCGUUAGGAGAAUAAAGUAAUCCGUGCGACUAACCUCGCUCCUUGUUGUGGCUUCGUCGUCGUCCAUACAUAUUUAUAUAUACGUAUACAUGUUACACGCAAGUAUAUAUAUAAAUCGAAUGUUGAUCCCAACCAACGUGCGAUAAAUUCUCUGCGUGGUCAGAGAUAGCUUUAGCAACACCAAGUUUGUUCGGAAAUUUUUUAUUACACUCAAAACAAAGAACCACCUUUUUGUCUCAUAAUUUAUCAUGAUUAUUAUUGCUAUAGUUUUUUUAUAUUCUCAAUAUCCAAGGAAAUUCCUAACAAACUUGGAGAACUAGAGUCCUUGUAAUCUUGUGUAGUAGCACACGACAAUGAGAACCAGGAAAUAGAAUAGAUUUAGAUGAAGAGAGCAGAAAGGGCUCCACUAUACUUAUUUUUGUAUCUUGUAAACUCUGCAGACAAUUAUUCCAUAAAAAUGAAGAAUGAAAGGACAUCAGGAAAAAAAAAAUUUAUCUGGAAAUGGCUUUUCGCACAGUAUGAUCGAUGAGUUAAUGAGUAAAAGAAAAAAUAGAGAUCUCUGAGUCAAAUGUUUGAAACCGUUUUAUUCACUGAUGUCUAUAGUUACUAUUCCCUCAAUCCAUUUUAAUACGCAAAGUUUGUCAAUCACUAUUUUCCGUAUCAGAAUUUACCCGUAAUAUUGGGGCGCAUUUAAUAUCAAAAUAUUUCUGUCACUUUUGUACCUAUACAGGAUUAACUUGGGUGUGUUCGUGGAUCUUGUAAUUUUUUGAGAAAUUGUUUGUCCGUCGGUAAAUCUUGAAUUGUAUAUUGAAACAAAGAGAAAUGAUGAAAUACACGAAUUUCGCCACUUUACUCAAGAACGCGCGCGUGCCCACGAAUUGUGUAAUGCCAUUAAGCAAAAACGGCUUCACCAGUUUUUGGUCGAUAUUGAUUAUUAAGAAAGUGAGAAGUUUGUAGUUUUUGUAUUAUGGAAGGCAAGUGAUGUAUUCGGAGAAUACCCUUUUCUGUUGUUUCUGGUCUAGAUUAUAAUUACUUAAUGAUCCAAUUUACGCUCUAAAAUAGAAAGGUAAAUAUAUAUAUAUAAUAUACACGUAUGUAUACAUAUACACACACAUAUAUAUAUAUGUAUAUUUAUUUAUCUAUUAUGGUGCUGAUGAAAUGAUAGGAGAGAAAUAAUAUAAAAAUAUUGUUCGCGCUUGCAUGAACUGUUCUUGAAGUUUGGUUGAAUAGAAAGUAUAUUGGAAAAUUUGUUCGAAGCAGAAAGCGUAACGCAGGCAGAGAAAUGUCUAUACUUCAUAAUGGAUAGUAACGACACUGAAACCUGGAAUAAUUUGUAUGGCCAACGUUGGGCUUCGGUUUUUUGUUGAAGAUGGUGAAAUUGGGUAGAAUUGUUUCAUGCGAACGCGCAAAUAACUUGGGAUAUUUAUUUAUAUUAUCCUUAUGUAAAUACGUGAAUAUAAUCUAUAGAUCUAUGGACUAUGAUAAUGUAAACAUAAUCAAUAAUGUAUUAUAUUGGUACAAGUUCGUGGUAUAUUACGAAUAUAGGAUACAAAUAUAUUACGAUUAUUACUGACUAUUGAGUGAUUAUAAGAAAUGAGUUAUCGUUUGCCAAAUCUUGGAUAAUUGCAUGAUAUAAAUAAGUCUUGUUGGCAGACCGAAAACGCUCAUCACGCAAACAGUGUGCAAAUUCAAAGUACCCUCAUCCCUCGAUAUGUCGACCUCUCAUUUGAAUUGUGUAUGUAAAACACCAGACAGCGGAACCACUGAACUUUACGGCACUAACCAUAAAUGCAUAGAGCUAUAUCGAAUGAAAUAAAUAUAGGAGUUAUCAAGCAUUUAGACUAGAUCGUAGGCACUAUUAUGCAUCAAAUGCUAAUAUAUGAUGGUGAUUUGCAAUGAAUUUAUGUUCAUUUUUAUUGUUUUCUGUACAAAGACUUAAUUAAACGAUUUUGGUCCCAGA